UUUUUAUUGAACAUUAUUUAGUUUUUUUUUAACGAAUUAUAUAAAUUAAAACGGUCAAAGUUUUCAACAAUCAAAGUCGUAAUUUAUUCCUCUAAUUGGCAUUAGUUUUUAUGUUUGGUUUCAUUUGGUUAUUUAACUCAUAUUAGAUGUUUUAGGUUUAGAGUUUAUAAAAUAUUUCAGAAUGAGCCUCACGAUAUGGAUGAGGGUGUAUCCCAUCAUUGGUCCAAAGGAACAACAUGUAUCAGAAUAUGUAGUUAGAGAAGUAAUGGAUAUCUGUAAGCAAAAUAUUACAGAUGUUCUACAAAUAUACAAACCCUAUACUAGAGAGAGUUUUAUACACUGGAAAGACACUUAUUCGUGUAAGGAAAUAGUGUCCGAUGAUGAGAUGUGCAGUUUCAUUCAUACUUUGAGUAGAAGAAUGAAUUUGUCUUCAAAUCAGACUUGGGACACGAUUUGCAACUUUCUAGUAUAUGAAUACCAUGGGAAACGAGAUGAAUUGAAGAAUAUAAUUAGGUUUAAUUCAAAACUUGAUAUCUUAAUUGAGCGCAUAUGGGAUUUUUACUCGCUAGAACGACUGUUCCUGGUAAAAACCCUUAGGCACAUUUUAGAAAAUGCUGAUAAUAAGUCUGAUAGGCACCAUAAAAAGUUUCAGGCAUUUAUAAACGCUGUUGAUAUGUCUAAAUUGUGGAAGAUGUCUGUUGAAUCAUUUCAAGAAGUGACCAAAGAAAUCAGUAAGCAAUCAAGUCAUUUAGUUACGGAAGAUCUUUUGAAAGAAUGGAUUCAUAGAAAUAACAGGGAACAAGUAGAAAUGGCGUUUAUAUUGAUAAAUAUGUUACCCCAUUAUAAACCAGUGUCGGGAGAUAUCGAAAAAGUUCUUUCUAUUUGUAUCAGACAUUUUUUUGGUAGAGCUCCUUUGUAUCCAGGUGCUUUAAAAAUAUCUAGAAAAGAUGAUUUAGUGGAAAUAAAAAAUUCUGAAAUUGUUUUGGUUUUAGCCCUGUUUCAGAAGGUUUGGAAAAUACCAGAACUAUUAAAAAAAUUUGAACCGGCUCUGGAAGAAAUGUUGGACUUUCUCAAAAGACCAGGAAACGAUGAUAUUGUUUUUUAUACGUGGUCAUUAUUCAAACUUACUUCUAGAGAGAAUACAGAUAAUGAAAAAAGAGGAAUUUUUGUAGAUAUUGAGGUUGUUUUGAAGAAAGGACUUUUUAAAUCUCUCUAUAAGGUCAUGAAACAUAAUAUGUUUCAGGGAACUAAAGCUGAAACCAUAAUGGCGGAUGCUGUAAAUUUUUUGCUGACCCAGAGUACAGACAUAUAUAGUGAUUAUCAAACUAUUUAUGAACAAGAAGGAAUUCCCGAGAUACUAUCAUUAAUUGUACAAAUAAAAGGAGCAGAUAGUGUAGAAAUAUUUGAACCAAUUUAUGCAGCUGCGGUGGAAUGUUUCCCAUAUAUGUAUGAACCAUUUUUGGAGCUUUCCAAGUCUGUAUUAUCUAUUCCAGAGAAAUGUGCAUCGAUUGUGGCAUUAUUGAAACAUCUUCCAACGUUUCUGUCUGAAAACGUUUGGAAAAGACACGAAGAUAUUUCCACAUUAAAUGAAGAACUACCAUUAUUCACGGACAGCAAAUUGUUUAUGAUACCCUUUGGUACCAUUAUCCAGAGAUUCAGAUGUAGAGAUAUUGAUUUGGUGCAAAUCAAGUACCCUUUUAGUUUUUUCCUACUUUUGGAACAAUAUAUAAAAUCGUUACAUUCUUCCCGUUUUGGCCUUACACCACCUAUAGUUUUUACAAAUCUCAAAAAGCUUGUUAUAUCAGGUUAUCAGUUCAUACAUCAUUACAUAAAGAAUUAUAAGGAUGAAUAUAAAAAAGAUGUUGAACUUAAAACCCUUGUAUCUAGAUUAAAUUUAGUUCCUGCUAAAUUUUGUGAAGGAGAGAAGAUGGAUUUUGAACUGAUUUUACUAUAUUUUUCGAUAAACUCAACAUUGGUCAAACUGGGUUUUCUCGACUUUAUGGAAGCGUUUCCAAUUGAUCACCGUAAGAAGUUUAUGCCAGUGGUGACACAUUAUAAUAGGGAACACAAGGAUGCUUUGUUCUGGCAACUUUCAACCAAAAGCUACCUCAUUCAAGCCUUAAAAGAAGAAGAAUUUAAAGAUACGCAUCAAUUAUUGGUGGAGUAUUUGGAGCUCCUGAAUUAUAUGGUUAAAAAUGGUCGAUAUCCCAUGGAAGUACAGUUACCCGGAGUAUGGUUUAUUAUAUAUUCGCCUUUUCUAUUUCAUGAACGGUGGAACUACAGAGACCGCAGGGAAAAUGUAACUAUCAGUAGAUUGUCUUGCUCUGUAUUGGUAGAAGUUUUACAAAAACAGCUUAUUGCUAAGGACAGAGAGUCAGAUAUCAUUUUCGAUUACGUCCUAGAUAUCUUUUUCAGCGACAAUAGCGUUGCAGCCCGUUUAUUGAGGACUAUUACAAAAGAAAGAUCCAAUAUUCAAAACGCAAUGCUUCAAGAAAUUAACUGGAAUGAUGGGCCUGGUGAGGAAUAUUUAGAAUGUCUAAAACUGCACAUACUCCUCGCAUUUCUGUUGUACAAACAUAAAGCUGCAGUAGAGCAUAAGAAAAAUUAUUUAGAUGAGAAUGUUGGAGAUUUUGCAAAGGCAGUCAUUGCAUAUAUUGUUAAUCCGUUUUCUCUAUCUUUAAGAUCGUUGUCGUGCAAAUUUUUGGAACUAAUUGCGAAGGAUCCUUCUGUCCCUUUAUUGUCAGUGUUGGGAUUGGAUAUGGACCAAGUUCAACGAAUAUUUCUGGAGAGACUUCGAGAUCCAACUGAAGAUGACGGUUUCAAAUGCUUGCUGUUAGAUCUUAUUGGUACCUGCCUUUUUAACCAAGGUGCCAUGACGGCAGCUUUUUUUAAUUUUAAACGAUUUAAGAAGUGGUAUACCGAGAGUAGCGGCGAUGAGAUUACCCUAGGGCCUUGUGUGACGGAUUUUAUGAUAGAAAGUUUGUUCAACUUAAAGAAUUCUAAGGAUCCGAGAGUACUGAAGAGUCCAUUACAAAUAGGUAUACUUCAUAUAAUGGCAAAUUUAUGGGUUACCCGUAGCCUGAACUUAGUCACAGAAGCGAUAAAAUUACCACAAUUUUGGCAACUGCUGUGUUAUCCUCUUUUUAAAGAAUUUGUUCAGUCGUUUAGAGUAUAUGGGUACAUUUUUAGAAUUCUCGCAGUCCAACUUCUACAGUCUCUAGCUCGUGCACAAGAACCUAAAGAGGAGAAUGAGCAAUAUGACGCAGACCAAAAGCUCUUUCAAUGCGUUGAAAGAUUUUUGAAAACCAAACAUCAAGUCCAGAAGUGGACAACCUUUUUCUUUGACACUUUUCAAAAUUGUUCUAUGAAUUUAGAAGACAUUGAAGAAAGACAUUACUUCUUAAAAUCUUGGAUGGAGUUCUUUGUGGUAUUAGAACGUAAAGAAGAAUUACCGAAGCUGGAUAAAGCUCAUAGACAAGUCUUUCUUUGUAAGAGUUUGGACGCAGUACAGUUUCCUAUGGUUAGCAAUCACUGCUUAAGACUAUGGAUGGACUUGUUACUUCUUCAAUUUGCCUUUUGGAAACAAACUGAACUAGAAGAUGUUCCCAUUGUGGCAGGAAAAGCUAUGGAAGUUUUAGCUACAAUAACUAUUCGUUAUAGAUACGAAUCCCAUGCUACAAGGCUAUCCAUUCUCUCAGUCAUUCAGAAAAUAUUAGAAAUACUUCGCAACCAUUUUGAAUUAUCAUCAACUGAACUUGAGAGAGUAUUAGAACUUCUAGGGCCCAUUAUCGAGGUCGAGUAUACAGUAGUACACGAAUAUAGUUGGAAUAACGAAUAUUGGGCAUUUGAUAUCGAAACUAGGGAGCCGUUAUUACCGUGGAUGUUAUGUGUUACCAUUGUGAAUGACAUUUUUCUCUUUCAGAAUAUUCCAGAAGUAGCUUAUUGGUUUUCUUAUGUGGGAAUAAUACCAAAAUAUACAAAUUGUAUAAGCGAAUUUUUAAAACAUCCUUCUGCUAUACCUUUGGUCAAACUUAUGUUCCAUGGUUUGGCCCUUUAUGCAAAUUCCAAAAUCGGAUUCGAUUUUUUGAAUUUUGAUUUCAAUCGAUUCUUCAUGAAAAUUGAAGUUUAUAUAUAUAAAUUACUUUACGGAGAAAAUCAAAAGGUUAAUCCACUAAUAAUUGAAGAAGGAUGGUCGAUAACUUCAUCAUUGAUUCAACUAAUCACAGCAUGUUGCAAAAAUAUGCAAGAUUUGGCUAUCUCUAAGGUUCAUAUUUUCCUCAACUUGGCUGAGAAAAUUUUUGAGUAUGUCUUCGGAAUGGUAGGAACUACGGUGGCUUUGAGAGCAUUAGAUCUUAUUAUCAGCAUGUUGAUGCUAUUUGAUACUUUGCAAGUAAAUUGGAGUUCCGACUGGUACUACAAGUCUAAUGGGUCUUACGUAUAUCUGAUGAAUGGGGUUAAGAAAGUUAUUAACGGAUGUCUUUAUGCAAUUUUAAGACCCAAAAAUAUAAUGGUAUAUGUAAUAGAUAAUACGAACCAUGCUUGCAUGUGUGAUUACUUUCCCAUGGAACUAAUGAUUGCUAUUGUAAACAGAUUGAUGACGGCCGUUGGUCUAGGAUGCUCAAUUCUCUACGGAGUUAAUGCAGGAUUAGUGGACCUUAUGACAGAAAUACCUCAAAUUAAAAUUGAUGUAAUGAUCGAGAACGACUUCAGUGUUCCCAAGUUCGAACUGCCAGUAACAAGUAAUCUGACUUACGGCAUGCUAUUAUGUCUAGCACAUUUUAUGUGCAAGACAUUGGAAGCCAUAAGGCAGCAGGGUGCCCCAAAAGAUCUACAGGGAGCUGAAGAUACACCUAUAUCGUUAUUUACGAGAGUGUAUGGAAUGGUACAACAUGAAGGAUUUGAAGAUAGCUACCCAACCCAGCAGCUGAGUGCUUUUUUAAGAUAUGCUAUGUAUGAGUAUACAGGACUAGCGGAUCCUUGGACUCUUAAUCUCGAUUACAAUCGAGUGAAAACUUCCUUGGAAUCUUUGAUGAUGUUUUUAGGACAACAAAUAUUUUUAACUAUUAAUAUUGCCCCCUUUGAUAACGAAAGUUUCUUCAAAUUCAGAAAGAACCUUCAUUCAGAAUUACAGUUCUUCUACGAACACGUUAAAAAAAUAACCUCCUUGAUAUUGACCGAAUCUAACUCAACACCUAUAGGGCAGUUCGAAAUGGAUGUUCUUAAAAAGUUUUUUUUGUAUUAUAGAGAGACGGGACAAUACGAUAAAAUUGUUGACACUAAUUUCUGUGUUAUACUUUCCAGUUGGUUCAUUGGUAUAAGUAAGUUGAAGUGAUAAAGUUCUGUAUGAUAUGCUGUAUAAAAUUUUUAACCUCAUAAAUUAUUGUUUGAAUUGAAUUUGUGAACUAUACUUUCAAAUGAAUAUAUUGAUUGGUAUAUGUAA